UCAGCCUGCUCCUAGUGAACCCCACAUCCUGGAUUUAAGAUUCACUCAAGUCACUCAUUGAUUUGGAGCAUUCAAGUUUGUGAACAUCUUUUGUCUGCUCUGCUCACUAUUGUGGCGUAUCUGAUCUAGGAUAAGGGGCACAGGGAUAUAACAUGGUUCAGCGUGUAGCAGUGAUCGGCGCUGGCCUCUCUGGGCUGAGCUGUAUCAAAACCUGUCUGGAGGAGGGACUGCAGCCCACCUGUUUUGAGAGCAGCCAGGAUAUUGGAGGGGUCUGGAGAUACAAGGAGCAGCCUGAGCCGGGCAAGGCCAACAUCUACCAGUCUGUGGUGGUUAACAGCUCCAAAGAGAUGAUGGCAUACAGUGACUUCCCUCCUCCAGCAGAACUGCCCAAUAACAUGCACCAUUCUGAGGUCCUGGGUUACCUCCGUCUCUAUGCCGACCACUUCAAACUCCUGCCGCACAUACAGUUUAAGACUACAGUGCAAAAAGUGAGACAGACUGCAGAUUUUGCAUUGACCGGACAAUGGGAGGUGUACACAGAGAAACAAAAUGGACAGAAGGACACCCAUGUUUUUGAUGCAGUGAUGGUUUGCACUGGACACUUCACACAUCCUCGUCUUCCUCUGAAAGACUUCCCAGGUAUUGAAAAUUUUGAGGGCAGAUAUUUCCACAGCUGGGAAUACAGGAAUGCACAAGGUAUGGAGGGGAAAAGAGUGGUGGUAAUCGGGAUUGGGAAUUCUGGGGCUGACAUUGCUGUGGACAUCAGUAGAGUUGCGGAAAAGGUGUAUCUCAGUACCAGGAGUGGUGCAUGGGUUGUGAGUAGAGUGGGACCAGGGGGGUUUCCCCUUGACAUUACCUUUUCCCGCAUGGACCAGUUUUGGGGGACUUAUUUUCCAUCCUGGUCCAACAAGAAUGUAGAGAAGGCACUGAAUGAGCAUUUUGAUCACACUUUAUAUGGUCUCCAGCCAGCGCACAAUUUUUUUGCACGGAUACCUGUGGCGAAUGAUGAGCUCCCAGCACGGAUCAUUUCAGGAAGAGUACGGAUCAAACCAAAUGUCAAAGAGUUUUCUGGCUCCAGUGUUUUCUUUGAUGAUGGCACCGUCAUGGACAAGGUGGAUGUGGUGAUCUUCGCCACUGGGUACGACUACAACUUUCCCUUCCUGCCUCAAGAGCUACAGAAAAAAACUGGCUACAGGCUGCGUCUCUACAAACAAAUGAUUCCUCCAUCACUGGCCCAUCCCACUCUGGCUGUGGUCGGCCUCAUAAACGCACUAGGAGCGGUCAAUUGCUUGUCCGAGAUGCAGGGGCGCUGGGCUACAAGGGUCUUCAAAGGCAUCAUAAAGCUACCUUCAGAAGAAACAAUGAACAGAGAAAUAGAGAAAGAGACAGAAAUCAUGCACAAGUGGUUUUCCUGCUCAGAGCACAAUCCUCUUCAGCUCUUCUACAUUCCUUACUUGGAUUCUUUGGCUAAGCAGGUGGGGGUAUUUCCCAACUUGCUGUGGCUCUUCCUCACUGACCCUCGCCUGGCUGUGCAGGUCCUCUUUGGCCCCUGUACCUCUUACCAGUACCGCCUGACCGGGCCAGGGCGGUGGAGUGGAGCACGCCAGGCCAUCCUCACUCAAUGGGACCGUGUGUAUCAGCCCUUCAAAACCAGAGUGGUGCCGAAGCCGGAGAGAAAACCCAAGUCCAAACUAAAAUUCACUGUCAUACUGUCAGGAACUGCACUCAUGUUUUACUUACUGUACAAAUGACAACUUUUGCCAAAAGUUUCAUUUAUGUAAUAUUUGUACUUGUUGUUACAUCUACCUAUAUUUCAUUUUUCAGCUACUACAACUUUUAAACAUUCUAAUUACACCUAUAAUACUUUAAUAGGGUAGACUAUCAAAAGGUCAGCAAUUUAUCCAGAAAUAAACCAUGUACUGUGUUCUAUAGGACUAUGGUCUCCAUAUUUUUAAGGGGAGGUCUUGCUUCUAAGCUCCAGCAGAUGGCAAUUUUUUUUAAUAUUUUGGCAAUUCCAGCAGAACGGAUGGAAUGAUUUACACUGAU